GCCAUAGCCGCCGGCGCCUUCACACUUCAAUCUGCACUGGGCUCUAAACCCUUGACGUGCUCUGGAAAUCGAUUUUUCAAGACUGAUCCUUUUGACGGAAAAUUCACAAUCAGCUCCAGAUCCAUACAGAUCGACCGGAGCCAUGGUUUUGAUGUAUUUAGCAUCGAUUUGGUUGUCUCUGACAGCGACCUUAAUAUUGGCGUUCAUCAUCAGAAUUGCAUCCAUCGUGCUCUAUAACCGGAGAAACCGGAGGAAUUCCGUCGGAUUCUUUCAUCCGUACACGAACGACGGCGGCGGAGGUGAGCGGGUGCUGUGGUGCGCCGUCAAAGCAGUUCAGGAAGCGUUUCCAGAUCUUGAAUGUGCUGUCUAUACAGGGGAUCAUGAAGCGACGCCUACGUCGCUCAACACUAGGGCAAUCGAUCGUUUUGGUGUUCGACUUAUUCACCCUCCGAAGGUAGUGCAUCUGCAUAAGAGGAAAUGGGUUGAAGAAAGUACGUAUCCUCGAUUCACGAUGAUUGGCCAGAGUCUAGGUUCAGUGUACCUUUCAUGGGAGGCUUUGUGCUUAUUUACGCCGGCAUAUUUUUUUGACACCAGUGGAUAUGCAUUCACGUAUCCUGUUGCUCGUAUGUGUGGAUGUAAAGUUAUUUGUUACACUCAUUAUCCGACAAUUAGUUUGGACAUGCUAUCACGGGUGCAAGCGCGAAGCUCUCUGUAUAACAAUGAUGCUUUGAUUGCAAAAAGCAUCUUCUUCUCGCAUUGUAAAGUUAUCUAUUACAAGAUUUUCAGCUGGAUGUACGGAAUUGUAGGCUCUUGUGCGCAUCUUGCAAUGGUCAAUUCUUCAUGGACUCAAGCACAUAUCGAGAAGCUUUGGGGAAUCCCUUCUCGUAUUAAGAGGGUCUACCCUCCCUGUGAUACUUCUGGUCUCCAGAAGCUACCCUUGGAAAGAUCGGUGGAGCCAAUGAAGAUAAUUUCUGUGGCUCAAUUUCGUCCCGAGAAGGCUCACCUGCUUCAACUUGAGGCAUUUGCGGUUGCUAUUGAGAAUCUAGAUUCACAUCUCCCCCGGCCUAAACUCCAGUUUGUCGGUAGUUGCAGGAAUGAAGCAGACGAGAAGCGAUUGCUUGUUUUAAAAAGCCGUACGAAUGAGCUAAAUUUGGGCUGUCACGUUGAGUUUUACAAAAAUGUGCCCUACAGUAAGCUGGUGAUUCUCUUGGGUGAUGCAACGAUGGGAAUUCAUUCCAUGACAGACGAGCAUUUUGGUAUCAGUGUGGUGGAAUUCAUGGCUGCCGGUGCUAUACCAAUCGCUCACAAUUCAGCUGGCCCCAAAAUGGACAUAGUUUUACCCGAAGAUGGAAAGCCAACGGGGUUUCUCGCCCAAACUGUCCAAGAAUACGCCGAUGCCAUUCUUUCGGUUAUCAGAAUGUCAGAUUCGGACCGGCUUGAAAUGGCUGCAGCUGCAAGAAAACGAGCUUUACAGUUUUCAGGACAAAGAUUCGAUCAAGAUUUCAAGGCUGCAAUCGAACCACUCAUGUCGGGUUCUUCUCAAUCUCAAUGACAAGAAAACUCGGUAAUUCUAAACUCCAUUUUGUUAACAAAUUUACCCUAUAGUCGAGUUAGAACAUACUUCUCUGACCAUAAUUUAGGAUCAAUCCCUUUUAUACGACGUAGUUUUGGGCUUUGAUGAAUCUUGAUAACUCGAAAUGCAUGGCCUGUUUCUUUAUUGCAUGUAGGAUACAAACAUAGUCUAUUUUCAGAAUGACGGUUAGAAUACUGAUUAGGGUUAAUCAACGAUAAUAACAUAACGUAAAUUCUGAUAGCAUGCGGCAAUAGUUCAUACAGUACAUAAACGACACGAUUGAUCUCAUUACAUACUCUAUGUUAAUAUAGCACAAAUAUGUUGUAUGAACGACAAUAUUAUUACCAUAUGGUAAUUAACCCUAAUUAGCAUUGUAAUUGGCCUUUUAUUUUCAAAUAUUGUGUUA